GUAAAAUUGCGUUGAGUAGGCAGUACCACGUUCAGAACUGUUUGACAGUUUUGCUUCAGCUUUUCUCUCUUGGAAGGACACGUCAGUGGGUGAGCAGCCAUGGUGCUGUCUCACCUCGCUCUUCCCUUCCUCCUCCUCCUCUUCCUCUCUCCUCUCCGCUGCACCUCUCUGUCACCAACCUCCACCCAUGGUGCUGUCCUCCCCCAUGGCUCCCUGCCAGCUGUGGGGGCAGCAGGUCCCAUCCUGCAGGACCGGCCCUUUGUUGUGGUGUGGAACAUGCCUACGGCACGGUGUCACAAACUCUACAACAUCGCUCUGGACCUGGGCCACUUCGAUAUCGUGGAGAACCGACAGCAGCGCUUCCAGGGCCAGAAAAUGAGCAUCUUCUACCGUGACCGCUUGGGGAAAUAUCCAUACCUCUCCCGAGACGGCAGCAAGGUAAACGGAGGGAUACCGCAACUCGGCCACCUCUCGGCUCACCUUUCCCUCGCGGUGACGCAGUUGUCCGGCUCGCUGCAGCCAAACUUCACCGGUUUAGCCGUUAUCGACUGGGAAGAGUGGCAGCCAUUGUGGGAGAGAAACUUUGGAACCAAGCUGGAGUACCGGAGGCAGUCCAAGCUGCUGGUGAGACAAGAGAGACCGGAUUUGUCAGAGUGGGCCGCGACAUCGUUGGCGAGGCAGAAGUUUGAGGAGAGCGCUCGGAAGUUCAUGGAGGAGACGCUGCGGUCGGCGCUCAGAGAACGCCCCAAGGGACUCUGGGGGUUUUACGGAUUUCCUGCUUGCUUUAAUAAGCAGAAGAGAAAGACGGAUCAAAUCUACACAGGACGCUGCCGCAGCGAGACCAAAAAACAAAAUGACCGGCUGUCCUGGCUCUGGCGUCAAUCCACUGCUCUCUAUCCCAGCGUCUACCUGCCACAAAGGCUGGCAGGAUCCUCGGAUGCAGCUCUGAUGGUCAGACACAGACUGCUGGAGGCUUUGAGGGUGGCGUCUGUUUGGCACCAUGGCAACAACACCAAUCAUGCUACUCCAGUUCUUCCCUACGCCAGGCUAGCAUUCACACACACUCUCACUUUACUUAAUAAGACAGACCUGAUGCACACAUUGGGGGAGAGUGCGGCGCUGGGAGCUGCUGGAGUGGUGCUGUGGGGAGAGCUGAAAUUUGCCAAAUCCAAGCAUCAGUGCAUCCUUCUUAGAGACUACAUACACACUGUCUUGGGUCCCUUGGUCCAAUCGCUGAGGUCUGGCACAAAGCACUGCAGCCUCCAACUUUGCCACGGCAAUGGACGCUGCGCCAGGCGGCGCCCCAGCUCUUCCAUGGUCUCCCGGGGUCCCGCUGUGACCUCUGACCCUGAUGAAAUCAACCUCCUCACUGACCCCUCCAGUGGCAAACCUUUUCACGACCACUUCCUGUGUCAGUGCUACCCGGGCUGGACUGGGCAGGAGUGUCAAGAGAAGAAGAAGGACGAAAACAGACAGAAGAGCAAGUAACCCAAACUUUUCUAUCAAGGUGUCGCCAGUAAUGUAAAGUAGUAAUGUCGAAAUAAAUUAAAGGAAAUAAAUGCGU